AUGCGGUGGACACUAACAACAACUUGUGAGCCGGGACGCCGAAGUGCGUACAGUGAAGACCUUAGAUGGCGUAUUGUAUGGCAGAGAGAAGUGUUGGGCUACAAAUAUUACUACUUACUAGCUACCUGCAAAAUAUGGCAGGUCGCCAGCAAUCUCAAUGCGCAAUCCACCCCGAACCCCCCAAAUUCUACGAAGCCUUUUCGUAGAGGUGCAGGCAUGCAUUUUUAUAAAUUCUGGCCGCGCUACAGAGCGCAGUUUUUGCUAAGAAAAAAGACGUUCGUUUGAAGCAGUAGAAGAUCGAGGCAGCAUCGGAUCGCAGUGCCGCCAUGUGUAUCGCCUCCAAUAUAAUGCUGCUGCUGCUCUUCAGCGCAUGCUGCGCAUAUGCUUAUUCGAAUGGCGCCCAGCUGGCGGCUUGCAACACUCUGACACCGCUACACGAAAACUCUACUUCCCAAAUAAGCCGGGUACCUUUUACCAUUGAUCUUGAUCAGUUUGAAGUAAAUGGAAUCUACCAAUACACUCCAAGCAAGGAAUAUACACUGACCAUCUCUGGCCCAGAAGAUGAUUAUUUUAAGGGGUUCUUUGUCCAGUCUCGUCUCAUGAGCGACGACACUACUCGAGUCGGAGUUUUUGCUGCGACAGACCCCAAUUCGCGUCUUAGUUCAUGUCCUAAAGAAACGGAUGGCGUUACCCACAGGGAAGAAAUGGAGUUCAAAAGCAUGGAAAUGGGGUGGACGGCUCCACCUGCCGGUACCGGACCUAUUCGUUUUGCAUUUGCAAUUGUUCAUGAGUUUGACGAAUUCUGGGCUGAUCAGCGAACUGAGAUGCUGGAAGAAGGGCCAGCCACAUCAAAAGCUUCAGGUGUGACAGUGUCAGUGCUGGUGCUCCUGUUGCUUGCUGUGCUGGCCUCACUCCAGUUCUGAGCCCAUUAGAGAUGGAACUCUGCAAUGAUCAGUAUAAUAGCUAGUGCACUGCUGUGAUAAAAAAAAACCUUGUA